CUUCGACUCAUCCCCAGCAUCCCGUCCGAGAUCACCCGUCCUCGUUCAUCUCCAUCCAUUCCUAUCGACUCGGUUUGUCCGGAACUUAGCGCCGUCCGGUCCCAAGUAUACCCAGUAUACUUCCCUUUCCUCCGGUUUAUGCCCCCGGUUGCAACAAUUUCUCCGCAAUGCCUCCAUUGCCCUGCUGAACGCGCGGUCAUGCGCGUUCUUCGCCCCUCCAAACACCAUUUCCUCUCUUCCUCUUCCUCGUCGCUUGCCGCUUAUUUGGCCCCCUCUAUAUCCUAUCCGCUGAAGCCGCGAUACUUCCACCAAACCCGUUCGUCCCCCAAGGAUCCGGCAAUUUUCAAAAAUAGUCUGCAAAAAACCCUCGAAGCCCACCGUUCCUCGAAUCGAGCUAGUUUAAUUCGCAGGAUACCGACUAAACCAGACCAUUCUGAAUCGUCACCUGCAGAGGUUGCAAGCGGCGAUGGGUCAUCAAACGAUUCAUCCACCGCGGAUGUAACUCUGGGCCAGUCUUCCUCGACCCCAAAAGGCUCGAAGAGGAGACUUCGCUCCAUUCAGAAGUCCUAUCAACCGCCUCGGACUACUUACGCACCUCAGCUGAUACACUGGGAUGCUGAUCCUAAAAGGGGCCGGUCAGUUCAAUGUCCAUGGUUGGAUGACUUGGACUCAACUCGGCCCUUCAGUGACGGCCUCUCCCAGCUCGAUGCGGAGAUCAAGGCACUUGAAAAAUACCUCAGUCCGAGCCCACCAGAGGAGGAGAGCGUUCAUCGAAUAACCGCGCAUAUAGCUGGUCUUUUGGAAGGGACUGCGCCCCGUGCCCCCUGUAUCAUCGGAUCAUGGCGAACCGGGUUAGCCAUGAGCCACUCCCAUCUGGACCUUCUUCUCCCCGUCCCAGACUCAAUACGGUCGAACGAACUUGUUCGAAAACCAAGCGCCACGCGUCCGCAGAUUCUCACUCAGCAUAAGCGCCUGCUCCGAGGCGUUGAACAGAUUUUCCAGGAAUGCCAAUCCUUCAGCAACAACAUCGCCUACCCAUUUACCACCGUCCAUCACGAGACGGGUCUCCGCGUACGCUUCUACUGCGGAGAAGACAUACCUCCCAUGGUCGAGUACAUCCAGGACUACUGUGCCGAAUACCCCUCCGUCCGACCUCUCUACAUGGCCGCGCGACUCCUCCUCGAAUCCCAAGGCCUAUGUGGCCAGGGUCCGAGAUCUCUCAAACCCGAAGCCCUGGUCAUGCUCAUUGUAGCGUUCCUAAAGCUGAACCACGGCAAGUUCCAGCCACCCGACGGCCUAGGCGAGCGCCUCCUCGCCUUUCUCCAAAUGUAUGGCACCGACGUCGAUCUCACGACGACCGGAAUUGCCGUCGAUCCUCCGAGUACUUUUGAUGCAGACACCAUUCGCUCCGCCAGCCGAAUGUUCUCAAGUGAGCCGGACGAGGUCCCCGCCCAUUUGCGCGGUCAGCGAGCCAUCAUCAAUAUGAAGAAAUCCGCCGCGUCCAUGGGCAACACGGCCGCGGCUACACGGCUAUGUCUGCAGAACCCCACCAAUUAUCUGGAUGACUUGGGCUGUUCUUGUCUUGAUACCCCACAGCUGCAAGUGGCGUUUGCGCGCGCUCACGGGCGUCUUCGUAUGGCUCUCAAACAUUGGGAGCAGUGCGCGCCUGUCACUCUGGAUCACAGUCUGCUGAACUCGAUCUUGCAGGUAAAUUUUGAUGACUUUAAUCAAGUGCGCGACCGGCUUACUGUCGGGACGGUCGAUCCCACGUGACGUAUUGCGGACUAAGAUCUUCUACUUAACAAAGAGCCAUCUUUACUUUCUUAAUCAUCCAUGUACUAUAGCCCCAUGUAUGGGGAACACCUCUGUGUAUAUAUACUCUUCCCUCAAAAAGAUUUAAUUAACAUCCAAAUCUAUUAGACAAUACCCGGUGCUGCCGACACACGUGCCAGGCCACUAGGAUGCGUAGUAAGGUAUCAGUGAGAUGAUGACAUGGAGAGAAUAGAAG